ACCACUUGUUUCCGGAGGGGAGAAAAAAAUACCUUCCCAGGUAAUUGUGGCUGGACUGGGUGUGAACCUUAAGAACGUCAAACAACGAGAGAGUGGCUGGCUGCUUGUCAUAACGGGGGAAUAGAGGAUUUUACCAUCCGUGUUCAUUUCCCACAGCAAGCACAGCAGUCAGCCGGCGUGGAAACAACGGCCCUCACCUGCUCUCUCUGACAGCACUGACAGUGGAAAGGGUGGAGGGAUGUUUGACACGCUGUAUGAGUGGUUCUGGUGGGAAAGAAUCUGGCUGCCUGUGAACCUGACAUGGGCUGACCUGGAGGACAGGGAGGGCCGGGUCUAUGCCAAAGCCUCACAUCUCUACGUCACUGUCCCCUACACCUUUGCCUUCUUACUCAUCAGAUACCUGUUUGAAAGAUGGAUAGCAACACCAAUUGCUGUCUCCGCUGGGAUCAAGCAAAGAGUCCAUCUGAAAGCAGAGGACAACCCCAUCCUGGAACAUUACUACAUUACUCAGUGUAGAAAUCCUGCUCAGGCAGACAUUGAUGGACUGUCUAAGAAAAGCAGUUUGUCAGUGAGACAAGUUGAACGCUGGUUCAGAAGAAGACGCGGUCAGGACCUUCCCGGAGUCCUUAAGAAGUUCAGAGAGGCCAGCUGGAGGUUUGUCUUCUACCUGUUGGCGUUCAUCGGAGGAAUAGUAGCACUGUACGAUAAAGAAUGGUUUUAUGACACUCGGGAAGUGUGGACAGGUUUUCCAAAGCAGUCCAUGCUGGAGUCUCAGUACUGGUAUUAUAUCUUGGAGAUGAGCUUCUAUGGCUCUCUUCUCUUAAGUGUUGCCUUUGAUGUCAAGAGAAAGGACUUUAAGGAGCAAAUCAUCCACCACUUGGCCACACUGGUCCUCUUAUCAUUUUCCUGGUGUGUCAACUACAUUCGUAUUGGAACGCUGGUCAUGAUCGUCCAUGAUGCCUCUGAUGUUUUAUUGGAGUCUGCCAAAUUAUUCAACUAUGCCAAAUGGGAGAAAACCUGCCAAAGUCUUUUUGUUCUGUUUGCCAUGGUGUUCAUGGUAACACGACUGAUCAUCUUCCCACUCUGGCUGAUCCACUGUACCUGGGUCUACCCCGUUCAACACUACCCUGCCUUCUUUGGCUACUACUUCUUCAACGUGAUGCUGGUGGUCCUUCUCUGUCUGCACAUAUUCUGGGCCUACCUCAUUCUCUGCAUGAUCAGAAAAUUCAUGUUUGGCACUCUGACCAGAGAUGAGAGAAGUGACAAUGAAGAGGAAGAAGAGGAAGAAAGCAGCCUGACGGAGGAUGAAUGUAAGGACCAGCACAAACUUGGCAAUGGAUUGGCAGUUGGUGAGAAGAGAGACAAGAGAAACGGCUUUCAGUGCUUGUCUCCACCAGAGAACAUCUGCCGGUCAAAGACCUGACUUGUGCUCAGUAUGAUCACUAGAGCCAGAGAGAUGCGAGAAUUAGAACAAUGGCAAAUACAUGUCAUACAAUAUGGACCAAAAAAUAAGCAAAACGUGAUGUGAUUUGUUUCUUCAGAUGCUGGAACACAAAGUCCAGAAAAUUGCUUGCUGUUUUCACAGUGCUUUGAACUGCACACACGUACAGCGAGAGACUUUAGCUGUAUUCGCACAGGACUAGUAUUACCAGGGGACCUCUUAUAACAUCUGUGCUUCGUGCAGCAUAUUUGCACGGGAUAAGUGAAGUCUGUAUUUGACUCGGAAAUACUGAAUUUCUCCACCACAUAUACUGUCAAGGCUCUGUCAAAACUUUAAUUUUCCACAGCCAAUAGAACCUCGAAAAACAGAUGCUGAUUCGCAAGGGACUACUUUGGUGAACAAGGUACCCCCAGGUUUCCACAAGUUAAUUUUAAGACUUUUUAAGAACUUAUAGAAUGAAAUUUAAUACCAACUUCAUGGCCAUACUAGCAAAAGUAUAUAGGAUAUUACGGAAUAUCAGAAAGGAUUUGAGGCUAUAAAAAGAGUUAUUUACCAAGUACUUCAAUUUAGUACAUUUUAUUGUAGUACUCAAUACAUACAUGCUUUGUGAUGAAACAAUGGAGUUAUUUAAUCCUAUGAAAGGACAAUACAUAUUUAAGACCUUUGUGAACUAAGACUUAAGACUUAAGACUUUCUAAAGAAAUUUAAGACUUUUAAGGCCUUAUUUUUGGAAUAUUAAAUUUUAUAAAUUUUUAAGACUUUUAAGACCCCGCGGGUACCCUGGCGAAAUAUGGUGGGUAAUUAGUGGUGGAUUUUUUACGCGACAAUUUACAGACAUGGCAGAUUCGCACAGGAUUAAGAUCACAGACGACCUCUGUAAUUAUUGUAGCGGUCCUCAGGUAUUAUUAGUCUAGUGUUAAUAGGGCUUUUAAGAUGUUUUUGGCUCUCCCUCUGUUCCUCCCUACAGUGUUGUCAGUGGCAGCACUUCACUGCCCUGCAGACCAGCUAAGAUAACAAAACACAAUCCCCACUGUGUGCUCAUCACCACAUCUAUAUUUGUUUCGUAUUGUUUGAAAAUGUAGCAAGUGCCACCCUGAGUUCCCCUAGCUCAAUUCAAUUUCAAUUCAAUUAAAUUUUACUUAGAGUGUCAAAUCACAACAGGAGUUCUCUCAGGACACUUUACAGAUAAAGUAGGUCUAGACCACACUCUAUAAUUUACAAAGACCCAACAAUUUCCCACGAGCAAGCAUUUGGUGGGACAGUGGUGAGGAAAAACUUCCUUUUAGUCAGAAACCUCGGACAGACCCAGGCUCUUGGUGGGCGGCCAUCUGCCGCUGCCGGUUGGGACACAGAGACACUGAUACAGAUAUACAGAAAUAUGAUUCAUAAUAUUUAUAGCAGUUGAUAUGAAGCACAGUGGAACUUAUAGUAACAAUAAAGAUAAUGUUGAACUAUGACUAGAAAUAAUAGUUGUAGCAGUGCAGGGCGUCAAGCAGGACCACGGCAGAAGCUGCCAAAAACGAUCUACCUGAACCACCAAAUCUGUGAAAAACACAGACACGACAGUCCGCUCACAGAUUAUGUCCUUUUAUUUACUCGACUGCUCACAAACUUUUAACAUUAGGGCUGGGACUGGGUAUUGUUUUUUUUAUACUGAUACUGGUGGUGAUACUGUAAAUUCAAUACGGGUUCCUGAUUGAUACUUUUUUCAAUACCAAUUUUAUCAAAAUCCAUUAUAACAGAAAGAUUUACAACAUUAGGGUACAAUUUUUUUCAGCUUUUUUACACCUAUGUGACACAAACUGUAGUCCAGCCUCUCAAAAUACAACACACACACCUGAGCCCUGUCUCUGUAUGUAGCAAAGUGUUUUUCCUGGAUGCCUUUACGACGUUUAACGUUAGACAGCCAUUCAACAGCAUUAUUAGAUCUUGAUACAACCAUGCUGCAUGCUUAUUGGCUCACUGACACUGAUGAGAUUUACUCCUUUAGGUAUUGAAAGUUGUUAUUGAAUGACGAGGCAUUUUUCAAUACUCGAUACUAUGGAGGCAAUUCGUUUGGUGCCUAAAAUUGUUUCACCGUGCGCCUCUGCUUGCCUGGCUUUUCUGGUGCAUGUGGUCCAGUAACUCAAAAAUUCCCUGGCACAGUUCAGUAAAUAAUGUUUGAUGGGUUGGCGUGGCCGUCUGGCCUAGGUGUGGCAGUCAUCGAGGUCCAGCUGCAUUAAAAGUGAGAUAAUUAUUCAUCAACAAGCACCAGCUGUGUCAACUCACCUGGUACUGCACACACACACACACACACACACAUACAUACAUACACACAGACACACACACACACACACACACACACACACAAUGUCGGUAGGUUUUACAGCACAAACUGUAUAUCAGCAUACUGUAAUAGAUGAUAUGAGUUUUCCCAAUGUAAAAGACAAAAUAUUUUAGGGAGUUUUCUCUUGCCUAACAUCACUUAUGCUGUGCCAAAGAAUUAUAUGAAGUAGAGCUGCACCAUAUGAGGAAAAUAUUCAAUAUGCGAUAACGAUAUUACUUGCAAUAAACAGAUAAAGUGCACUCACUUCUGCCUUUCAGCUGCUUUCAGUAUUCUGCUAAAAUACAACAAACUGCUUGUUGAAUUUAAAACAAAUGAAAGGAAAUAUUGUUUCCAACAUUAUAUUAUUGAACAAAUUGAACAUUGAAUUAAAUCUAAAAGGCACCACUAAAAAAAGAAUGUUAAAGUGCAGUUUUCUACUGAUGUUUUUCUUCUUCUCCGAGUGUCUUUCAUCAUGAUAUGUCGCAGUCUUCGCGAUCUACAAAUGUUACUACUCUCCACUAAACUGAAGAAAACAAGGAAGGAAAACUGGUUGUGGUCUUAUUUAUUAUAUGGAAUUACUGAGUGUUGAUGAUAUGAUUGAUAGUCAGGGUGGUUGGCAAAGUCCCUGGGAGGCAUGGGCAAACAUUUCAGCAACAUAAAAAAAAGAAUGAAGGUAAAGUGAGUAUAAUGGAGCAAUAUGAAGUAGAUGUGUUAUGGGAAAUGCAUUUAUCCUUUGUUUUAUCCCACAUCUCUACAUUUGCUGUGGGUUGUUUCCUGUCAGAUCCAUGAAGUGUAUAGUUUUGACAUUUAGCAAGUAGUCUUAAACACUGAACUUUGUGUAAUUUUUAUGCAACAGCAAUAAAAUUGUGAUGCGAAUGAGU